AUGAGCAGUUUUCCUGCAGAAAGUGGUCGAUCAACUAAGUUUGCGCCUUCUAAAUCAUGCACUGUGCAUGUGGAAUCAUUUAAGUUGGGGUUGGAAAAAAUAAGUCGCGGCAAGCAUGCCGGUGGUGAUGCAGCUUGGGAAGAGGAAAAACUACGUUCUUAUAAAACCAGUGAAGUGCGUUUAGUCGAGGUUCAAGAGCAGUUGUGUAGUGAUGUUAAACGUGGACAAGAUCAGUGUCAUACCAUGGCCAACGAUCACGAGCCCCUAUUAGAAGAUUGGUUCUUGCACAAACAAAGCGAUUCACCUGACCUACAUGUUUGGUUAUGCAUUGACAAGCUGCUACUGUGUUGCCCUGGUGGUUACUUUGGACGUAUUUGACGUAAAACCUACCACAAACAUAUAUAGCCUGUUGCCCUACUUCUGGAUUUGCGGGCUUUACAGGAAAAGCUGUUUU